GGUGAGAAGCCGGUCAAGCUGGAGGGGCCAUCGGCUUGCCACCUCGUGUGCAGGCAAUGCCGGCUGCUGAUUGGUGCUGGCUUCGAAUCGCAGUCGGUUUCUGAUUGGUGCUGGCCGGUCGACACUUGCCUCGGUGCCGGUAAUCACAGUCUGCCAGGUCCAAUGGUUGGCCUCGACGGACGGAUGAGUCAUGCUGAGUGA